AGGCAGGCGCGGUGCGGCCGCGGCGGGAGCGCGGGGAGGACGCGAGCACGCGCGGCCUGGGCCCGGGGAGGGUGGGGUGCGGGACGCCGAGGCCUGGAGAGGCCCUCCCACGGGCGCUGCUCUCCGCCCGGCUCGCGUCGCGGGCCUCCACGCCGGUAGAGCGGCGGCAGCUGGGCACGAGUGGCUCCCUGGCGCCCCUGGAGCCUAGCGGACCUCGGCCAUGUGACGUGGGACAAGUCUCGGGCAAGCCCAGGCCUCCGUCUGCCGAGGUAUGCUCAGGCUACAGAAGAGGCUUGCCUCUAGCGUCCUCCGCUGUGGUAAGAAGAAGGUCUGGUUGGACCCCAAUGAGACCAAUGAAAUCGCCAAUGCCAACUCCCGUCAGCAGAUCCGGAAGCUGAUCAAGGAUGGGCUGAUCAUCCGAAAGCCUGUGACUGUCCAUUCCCGGGCUCGAUGCCGGAAAAACACUUUGGCUCGACGGAAGGGCAGGCAUAUGGGCAUAGGGAAGCGGAAGGGUACUGCCAACGCUCGGAUGCCUGAGAAGGUGACCUGGAUGAGAAGGAUGCGCAUCCUGCGCCGACUUCUCAGGAGAUACCGUGAAUCCAAGAAGAUUGACCGCCAUAUGUAUCACAGCCUGUAUCUUAAGGUCAAGGGGAAUGUCUUCAAAAAUAAGCGGAUUCUCAUGGAACACAUCCACAAGCUGAAGGCAGACAAGGCCCGCAAGAAGCUCCUGGCUGACCAGGCUGAGGCUCGCAGGUCUAAGACCAAGGAAGCCCGAAAGCGCCGGGAGGAGCGUCUCCAGGCCAAGAAGGAGGAGAUCAUCAAGACUCUGUCCAAGGAGGAAGAGACCAAGAAAUAAAGCUUCCCUCGUGUCUGUACAUAGUGGACUGCCUGUGUCCUCAGGUGGAUCAGUCAUUAAAAUAAAACAAGCCUU